UCAAGAAAAAAACCUUUGCAGCAUCCUCGUAUCUUGAUUGAUUAGGAGUUGAUGUGUCCACUGAAAAUCUCAUCACAAAAAUAAGAAUCUCAGAGACGAAAAUUGUAUUAACAAAAGAAAAAAAAUGGCGUAUUCAUCAUCUUCAGUUCGAGCAUUUAGUUCAUUGCUCUACAGAUUCUCAAAUGGGGUUUUUCUUAAACCCCACCAUUCUUGCACUCUCAAAAGUGCUUUAUUAUUAAGUGGGAAAAUUUCUUCUUCUUCAUGUUAUUCAUCUUCUGACAAAUGGGUCUUGCCUUUGGAACUUCAAUCUUGCAAUUCAGUCAGAAAGAUUUGGACUUUUUCUCCUCUCUGUAUGGGCAGACGCUCCAGCAAAAUUGCUGGCAGAAAGACUGCCCAGGAUCUUAAGAAGGCAAAGUUGUACUCAAAAAUUGGGAAGGAAGUUGUUUCUGCGGUUAAGAAAGGUGGUCCCAGUCCAAUAUCUAAUACAGCUCUCGCUGCUCUGAUCGAGAAAGUUAAGGAGCUUGAUAUACCCAAAGACAUUGUUGAGCGCAAUAUAAAAAGAGCUUCAGAAAAGGGACAGGAAGCAUUUAUGGAGAAGAUCUAUGAGGUAUAUGGUUAUGGUGGAGUUGGUAUCAUCGUUGAGGUCUUAACAGAUAAAGUAAACAGGUCAGUGGCAGCAGUUCGAGAGGUGGUGAAGGACUNUAUAACAUUUAAUUCGUCUAAUUUAGUAGCUCUUGCUACACUGCUGGUGCUGUUGCUGAACAACACCAGCUGCACCGAUCAGCAUUUUGCCUCUUUGAAUCUGCUUCCGGUUCAUCUGUCUCCAUUUUCCCUUCUCACUAUUUCUUUAGCCGUUGCUUCUCUGAUUGUUGCUUUGCUAUCUGAAAUUCAAUUGUUAACAGUCGAUAUUUCUGCUUGUUGUAGUUAUUACUUUGGUUUUCGGCUGCAGGUAGAUGAUGAGGCUAUGGACUUGAACAAAGAACUCAUGUCCAAAUUACUUGAACUUGAUGAUGUUGAUGCUGUGUAUACGGAACAAAAGUAUUAGCUUAUUUUGCCACUUAACAGUGGCUGCGCCUAACAACUGGUUGUUGAGGCUGUUGCAGAGUGGUAG